AAACAAUCAACAGACCCGUCAGAAUUGUCUCGAACAAUAUCAAGAACCGAGGCUGUCAGACAAGACGUUAGGAAGUUGAAGAGCGUCACGUUGGAUAGAAUGGGAAAAAUAUUUAAGACGCGUACGCCUGCCAUGGGAAGAUCUCUGGACUUGGACACCAAUGUGACAUGCGUCGCUAAUUAUGACGAAAAAGCAUCGAUAAAAGAAAAGACAAACUCUUUGGGAAGAAUGCUUAAACUCGUCGACAAAGACGGUUCGUCUAGGAAACUUUUUGCUCGUCCUCGGACAGGAUCGCUGAGUCGUAUACUACGUAGGCAUCCUCAUAAUGAGGACAAUGGAGUUAUCGAUAAACCCGCGGAGGACACCGGGCGUGGAAUUUUCUCCAGAAUGCUCAACCAACUGAAAGGAAAGUAAAUAUUCAAAGGAACCUGUCGAGCAAUCCUUUUAUUGGCAGGCAGGAGUAUCUUUAUUGUCAAUACAUGGUUUAAAUCAAUAA